UCACUUGUCUCUUUCUACCUCACCUCAACCUCGCCCACUCCUCUCUUAACCGCUCAGACCCACCCCAGGUCUCUCGUUUGUCCGUCCUUUCACGGCCAUCACCGCCGCUCGUUAAAUACCACCACAUCUUUCACGCAGACCGUAACCCUUACCCGCGCUCUCCGUCUUCACCUGCACCCGCACCCUCACCCCUUUCAACCACCUCAAGCAACUCAACAUGCGCGCCUCGGUCUUGCUCAUCGCUCUCCUCCCCUUCUCCCUCGCCCUCGUCACCCCUCUCAACCGCGCGGCCCACCAUGCCGCCCUCGCACGCCUCACUCCGGCAGAACGGGGGUCCUACGAGUCUUCCCCCCACUACGAGCUCAUGCAGAAAGGCUCUGAGGCGGAACCCAGCAAGCGCAGCGUGAACAAGAAGGGCAAGCGUUGCACUCCUAAAUCGGGUGGAUCUGGUGCUGGUGGUGGUUCCAGCUCCAGCGCCGCCUCGGACCCUACCCAGGGCAGUGACAAUGGUGCUGGGAACGUCGCUGGCUCGCCUACGGCACAGGCUCAGGACCCUCCUCCCACUUCCACUCCGACCUCCAGCAGUGCCGAGCCUACUCCCAGCCCGUCGUCUGGCUCCGACUCUGGCUCAGACUCUGGCUCCGACUCCGGCUCCGGCGGGUCGGCCAACGACCCUCUUGGGAUCCUGAACGGGUCCCAUACCGGCCAGGGCACGUUCUACGACGUCGGUCUCGGCGCGUGCGGUGUGACCAACGUCCCCUCUGACGCGAUCGUUGCCGUCUCGCACAUCAUCUAUGACGGGUUCCCCGGUGCGACCGCCAACCCGAACAAGAACCCUAUCUGCGGGAGGCAGAUUACUGCCACCUACAAGGGUGUGACACAGAUCGUUACCGUGCAGGAUAGGUGUGUCGGGUGCGCAGAGUGGGACUUGGACAUGAGCACAAGCGUGUUCAACAGGUUCGCCGACCCGGCGGAAGGAAGGAUCAGCGGGGUGGUGUGGGACUGGGUCGUGUAACCUUCUGUCUCCAUCAAGGACUGGACGCAAGCCGUCCAGCUGGCUAAGGGGGGUGCCAGUCGUCCCCCUUCCCUACCCGCACCCCUUCCUCAUCUACCUCAUCUCCGCACUGAUCAACUAGUCUAGUUCUCUUUUCUUCUUCUCGUGUAUUUGUCCGCUGUGCGGGCCUGGCUCUUAUGUCCGGCAAGCCGGGGUAGGAAUGUAGGUAUAUGUAUGGAUCGCGGGCCGUGCCUGCUGCUUUUUGCUUGGAGUUUUAUGUCAUGGUUGC